GCCUACAUCUGUACACCCCUUGCCUUAACAAACACGCUCACAUCCCAAGCUCCCAGCUGCCAUCUUCAAUCUUAACCACACAAACACGUACUGCGUAGGUUUCAAUGGAGGUACCGCCAUGGUCGUCCUUCCUCGUGGUCCUGCUGGCCACCGCGUUCUUCCUCGUCACCGUUCUCCGCGGCCGCCACCAGCGAGCGCGCAAGUACAACAUCCCAGCUGGCCCUCGUCCGUGGCCGGUGAUCGGCAACCUGAACUUGAUCGGCUCGCUCCCGCACCGCUCCAUCCACGAUCUCUCGGCGCGGUACGGCCCCCUCAUGUCCCUCCGGUUCGGCUCCUUCCCAGUCGUCGUCGGCUCGUCGGUCGACAUGGCUAGGUACUUCCUCAAGACCAACGACCUGGCGUUCCUGGACCGGCCCAGGAUGGCCUCUGGCAAGUACACCGUCUACAACUACUCUGGCAUGCUGUGGUCGCACUACGGUGCAUACUGGCGCCAGGCGCGCAGGCUGUGGCUUACGGUGCUCCUCAGCGCGAGGCGACUGGCGUCGACAGAGCACGUCCGGAGCGAGGAGGUGCGUUCUAUGCUACGUGACUUGCGCGCGGCGUCCUCCGCCGAGCGCGCGGUGGUGCUCAAGGACCAUCUUCUCAUGGUGAACCUCAACGUGAUCUCGCGCAUGGUGCUGGGAAGGAAGUACGUCGUCGAGGAGACCGGCUCGGUGACCACGCCGGAGGAGUUCAGGUGGAUGAUCGAGGAAAUCUUCUUCCUCAACGGCGUGCUCAACAUCGGGGACAUGAUCCCGUGGCUCAACUGGCUGGACCCGCAGGGGUACAUCGGGAGGAUGAAGAGGCUAAGCAAGAUGUUCGAUCGGUUCCUGGAGCAUGUGCUGGACGAGCACAAUGAGCGGCGGCGGCGAGAGGGCGAGGCGUUCGUGGCCAUGGACAUGGUGGACCUGCUUCUACAGCUCGCUGACGACCCCACUCUCGAGGUUCCGAUCGAGCGCGACGGCGUCAAGGCAUCCAUUCUGGAGCUCAUCACAGGCGGCACAGAUACCUCAGCGGUGACAGUCGAGUGGGCCAUUUCCGAGCUCCUGAGGAAGCCCAGUGUCCUCGCCAAGGCCACCGAGGAGCUGGAUCGCGUGGUCGGUCGCGACCGCCUAGUCGCUGAGGGGGACAUCCCAAGCCUCCCGUACCUGGAGGCCAUCGUGAAGGAGACCAUGCGCCUGCACCCGGUUGUGCCGCUCCUGAUACCCCGGGUAUCCCGCGAGGACGCGUCCGUUGGUGGCUACGACAUCCCGGCCGGCACGCGCGUGCUCGUCAACGUCUGGGCCAUCGGCCGUGACCCCGCGGUGUGGGGGGACGCGGCUGGAGAGUUCCGGCCGGAACGCUUCAUGGGGAGCAGCGUGGACGUGAAGGGGCAGGACUUGGAGCUGCUGCCAUUUGGGUCGGGUCGCCGGAUGUGCCCCGCCCACAGCCUCGGGCUGAGGAUGGUGCAGGUGACCCUGGCGAACCUGCUGCACGGGUUCGCGUGGAGGCUCCCCGACGGCGUGGCGCCGGAGGAGCUGAGCAUGGAGGAGAAGUUCGGGAUAUCCGUGUCGCGCAUGGCCCCGCUCGAGGCCGUCGCCGAGCCCAAGCUGCCGGCUCAUGUCUAUGCUGCCGGGCCGUGACGCAUGCAUGCGUGCAUGCUUGUAUGUAUUUCUGCAUGCAUGUGGAGGAAUAUCGUGUAUGUUGAUGUUCCUAUAAAUAAUGUAUUAAGUUUCUAUAAUGCGCGCAUGUAUUUUAAGAUUCAAACUUCAA